CCUCCGCGCACUAUUGCUUCACUAGUUUCGCACCCGAGCCGAGUUGACUACACUUCAAAAAUUCCGUCUCAUGGACCUUUUUAUUAUUUAACGUCACUCCGCCGCUGGUGAGAUGGCAGAACCUGCGUCCUGUCCGGUGUUUCAACUGGGAAAACCGCGCUAUGACCAGAGCACAUUUCUUGGCAGGUUGAGACACUUCAUUGACAUCAUUGAUCCUUCCACUCUUUUUGUGACAGAGAGUCGCUUAAAAGAAUACAUCAAACUCCUGGAUGAUUUUAAGCGAGGCACUCUUACUCCGGGAAUAACAGAUCAUCAGCUCUGGGAGGCUCAGAAGGCGAAGCAGGCCAUCAUUCACCCUGACACCGGUGAAAAGAUCUUCAUGCCUUUUCGCAUGUCAGGCUAUGUGCCAUUUGGAACACCAAUCGUUGUCGGUCUUCUCCUUCCAAACCAAACUUUGGCCUCUACUGUGUUCUGGCAGUGGCUCAACCAGAGUCACAAUGCCUGCGUGAACUACGCCAACCGUAACGCCACAAAGCCUACACCAACCUCAAAGUUUAUUCAGGGAUACCUGGGAGCUGUCACCAGUGCUGUUUCUAUAGCAGUGGGUUUAAAUGUACUUAUCCAAAAAUCCAGCAAAUUUAAUCCAGCCACCAGACUGUUCAUACAGAGGUUUAUCCCGUUCCCUGCUGUAGCAAGUGCAAACAUCUGUAACGUGGCUCUGAUGAGACACAAUGAACUGUCUGAGGGAAUAGAUGUAUUGGACAGCAAUGGAAAUGUUGUGGGAUCCUCACGAAUAGCUGCAAAACAUGCACUGAUAGAGACGGCAGUUACGCGAGUGGCUCUGCCACUGCCUAUCUUUGUCCUUCCACCAAUCAUCAUGGCUUUCUUGGAAAAGCUCCCUCUGAUGCAAGCCCAUCGUCGAAUGAUGCUUCCUGUGCACAGCUUAGUGUGUCUGGCUGUCUUUGGUCUGUCCUUGCCAUUGGCCAUCAGCCUUUUCCCACAAAUGUCACAGAUCGAAGCAUCUCACCUUGAGCCAGAAAUUGCCAUGGCAACAGAUUGCAAGGUGCUGACUUACAACAAGGGACUGUGAUAAAGAGUGAUAGAAGGUGGAAGAGAAAAGCAAAGAGGAAGAGAUUCUCAGUUUAAUCAGCUGUCAGAGAGAUGCCAAGGACACAACAGUAGCACAAGAGGUGCAAACAGUAUUAAGGAGAAAAAAUGCGUUCUGAGCAAUAGUAACCAGCUGACCCUUUCCUUACCUUUUGAGCCAUUUAUCAGAUUUCAUAGAACUAUUAAUUAAUUAAUAAUUGCAGUGUUUAAUAUUUUUUACAGAUUACAGUUAAAGGCCUUACAUUAAAUUAACUUUUAUAAUAACGAAUGUUAGGCAAUGUUGAUAAAACGUAAGCACAGCUUUAAAAUUCAUUCUGUUAUUAUGGUCAGUGAAUGCACUUUAAUAGUUAUUAAGGUAUUUACUUGCAUGUCGUAUGUAAAACCUCUAAACUUUCUUUAAAUGUGUACAGCGUUCUGAUGUUUUAUAACAGAAAUAGUAGUAUUUUAAGACUACUGUACUUCUACUUUUAUCUUAAAGCACAAAUAAUGCAAAUUUUACUGUUUUUCCACACUACAUGGUCUGGUUUAUUUUCACUUGUUAACAUUAACAAAUGUU